AGCCACCAAACGCUGAGCCGUCAACAGCAUUUCUUGUUCUCAGAUUACCCUUCUGAGCACUCUCUGGCUGCCAGAUUAUCGAGGCCAUCAUAGCUUGAUUCGAUUUCACAGCUCCAGGCAUUAGCUAACCCUACCAAGCUGGGUUGCCUCGGUCCUGUGAUGGCUCCCCGCGUCGGCUGCUUCCUGUUGGCGGUGCUGAUUUCUGCCAGCUGUAAAGUCGUCACCUCCUCAGAUCCAAUGUGCACCGAGAAAGAAGCCAACAAGACAUAUAACUGUGAAAAUUUAGGUCUCAGAGAGAUUCCUGACACUCUACCAAAUACAACAGAAUUUUUGGAAUUCGGCUUUAACUUCUUGCCUGCAAUUCAAAAUAUAACCUUCAGCAGACUCAUAAAUCUUAUCUUCUUGGAUUUGACCAGGUGCCAGAUUAACUGGGUACAUGAAGAUACUUUUCAAAACCAUCAUCAACUGAACACCAUUGUGUUAACUGGAAAUCCCCUGAUAUUCAUGGCAGAAACAUCACUUACCGGGCCCAAGUUGCUGAAGCAUCUUUUCUUAACCCAAACAGGAAUAUCCAGUCUUGAGUUUAUCCCAGUGCACAACCUGGAAAACUUGGAAAGUUUGCAUCUUGGAAGCAACUGUAUUUCCUCCAUUAAUCUCCCAGAAAACUUCCCAACACGGAAUCUGAAAGUCCUGGAUUUUCAGAAUAAUGCUAUACACUACAUCUCUAGUAAAGACAUAAACGCUCUGGAACAGGCCACGAACCUAAGCCUUAACUUCAAUGGCAAUGACAUUAAAGGCAUUGAGCCUGGGGCUUUCAAUUCAAAAAUCUUUCAAAGUUUGAAAUUUGGAGGGUCUCUCAACUUAUCUGUUAUAUUGAAAGGUCUACAGAACUCUACUAUUCAGUCUCUUUGGCUGGGGACAUUUGAGGACACUGAUGACCAAGACCUCACUUCAGCCACAUUUGAGGGACUUUGUGACAUGGCUGUUGAGAGCAUCAACCUACAAAAGCACCAUUUCGAUGGCUUCUCACCUUCUACAUUUCGGUGCUUCACUGGACUCCAGGAGUUGGAUCUGACGGCAGCUCACUUGAAAGGAUUACCCUCUGGAAUUGAGGGUAUGAACUCUCUCAAGAAAUUAGUUCUCAAUGCAAAUAGUUUUGACCAAUUGUGUCAAAUCAAUGCUGCCAGUUUCCCAUCCCUUACAGACCUCUAUGUCAAAGGCAACAGGAAGAAACUUGACCUUGGUGCCAGGUGUUUGGAAAAACUAGAAAAUCUUCAGAAGCUUGAUUUAAGUCACAGUGAUAUUGAGGCUUCUGACUGCUGCAAUCUGCAACUCAAAAACCUGCCCCACUUGCAAUACUUAAACCUGAGCUACAAUGAGCCCCUUGGUCUCGAGGAUCAGGCGUUCAAAGAAUGUCCUUGGCUAGAACUACUGGAUCUGGCCUUUACCCACCUGCGUGUUAAGGCUUCACAAAGUCCUUUCCAAAACCUCCAUCUCCUGCGGGUUCUGAAUCUCUCUCACUGCCUCCUUGAUACCAGCAAUCGGCACCUUCUAGAAGGCCUGCUGGAUCUCCGGCAUCUGAAUGUACAAGGGAAUCACUUUCAAGAUGGGAGCAUCUCAAAGACCAACCUAUUUCAGACAGUGAGUAGCUUGGAGAUUCUGAUUUUAUCCUCUUGUGAUCUCCUCUCCAUAGACCAGCAAGCAUUCCACGGCCUUGGGAAAAUGAGCCACUUAGACUUAAGCCACAACAGCCUGACAGGUGAUAGCAUGGAUGCUCUUAGCCCUCUUAAGGGGAUCUACCUCAAUCUGGCCGCCAAUAACAUUCGCAUCAUCCCACUCCAUCUCCUCCCCACCUUGUCUCAGCAGAGCACCAUUAAUUUAAGUCACAAUCCCCUGGACUGCACUUGCUCAAAUAUCCAUUUCAUAACAUGGUACAAAGAAAACCUGCAUAAACUCGAGGGCUCGGAGGAGACCGUGUGUGCAAAUCCCCCACCUUUAAGGGGAGUUAAGCUGUCUGAUGUCAAACUGUCUUGUGGGAUGACAGGUAUGGGCAUUUUCUUUCUUGUAGUAUUUGUAUUCCUGCUCAUCAUUCUGCUCAUAUUUUCAGUUAAAUUUCUUCUUAGGUGGAAAUACCAGCACAUUUAGUGCUGAAGAUUUCUAGAGAUAGAAAAUAAAUAUGUUUAGCAAAAUUGCCCUCAGUAAAGGAACUGUUGUUUGUUAGUGACCAGACUUUUCAGAUGGGUUCCUGGAGCUGGGUAGGGAUUCCCUGUGCUUUGCUGAAUCCCAGAACUAGUAAGUCUCCUGGGAAGGUAAACUGACUAGGGCCAGAGGGCCAGAUGCAGCUGUGAGAGACACAGAGCCUUUUCCUCACAUGGAAGGUGGCUAGAAGUUGAGAAGGACCCAUGGCAGGGAAGGGCCAGGAGAGUAACCUACUAGGACGCCAUCACUUCCAUUCAUGAGCAUCCUUUGAAGCACCUCCCACCUUGACCCUAAAAGGAGGUCAUCAACUCCCACAGCUUGGCAGUGCCAAGGACACCAGCUCCCCAGCUCUCUCCCCCACAGCUUGGGCAUUGUGCUUGGGUCUGAGUUCUCAGUAAUGUAGCCAUUUGGGAAACAAGUUGGAGAUAAAGUCUCAAAGCUUAUUUUAAAUGACAAAGAGAAAACAAAGAAUUUAAAAGAAGAGGCUGAAAAAUGAAUCUUGCCAUCAAAUUGACUUCGUUAACCUCCUUAGUCCUUACUUCUCCAAGGAUUCUACAAUGCCUCUGCAGUGCAAAUAGCUCCAAGAAAAAAAAAAAAAAAAAAAAAA